CACACAUUUUCUUGCUCUCCAAAAUUAGAUACAUACACAAACCCACGCCGGCACUUUGCAGCAACGACUUUUUCUUCAUCGUCCCGAUUUGUCGUAACUGUCUAAUUCAAUCAAUCCGCUUCUUCUGCUGCUCAAGCAAGACUCGAUACUCUGCACCGUCAACUACCAAAUCGUUGCUGCCCUACCGCUUAGCGCCUAGGCUUCAAUUCCACACACAACAUUUUUGCACCAAGCAACCAAACGUCCACAACCCGGGCUUGUCCACCUCUCACGCUGGACCACCACUCCGACUCAUAACAUAGACUCCCAGACCGAACCAUGUCUUCAUACUACGGAUACAACGCGCAUGCUGCGCACGUCGCCGCUGUCUCGCACAACCACCACAGCGGCGGCCGCAACCGCAGAACCCCCCGCCUGACCGUCUCGCAGAACUCGCAGCGCCAGUUCCGCGGCGUGCGCAGCAUGAAGGAGCUCAACGAGACGGCCGCCCUGUCCGCCUUUCGCACCCGCUUCGAGGCCGGCCGGUCUUUCGAUCUCGAGGACGACCUCGAGUUCUGCCCCGGCCUGCUGACUGACAGCGACCUGGUUUCCAUCUCUGCCUCGGAGCGCUCCUCGCUCGCCAGCAACUCGCCCGAAGCCUCGCCCACGCAGCAGCCCCAGACCGUGGCCCCCGCCUUCUCGCUCAACUCGUCAUCGCCGCCCUUUGUCCCGCCCAGCUUCCAGUCUCAGCCUUCGAGCUUCAAGCUGCACCAGCCCUCUGCCGCGCGCGGUCGCAAUGCCAUCCCCAUUGUCAACCCCGCCACCGGCAUCUCCAUGCCCAGCCCGCCUGUGUCACUGUCGCCUGGCCGCCUACAGCAGAACAUUCGCCGAUGGUAGAGUGUCUUGGCGGGUCGUCUGCGCUUCCCUAGUUGGGGAGACGCUGUCACGGAUAUUGUGAAGACGACUCCCUCGCACUUGCUGUCGCGUGCUGUGCGUUCGUUGAAGAAAAAAAAGCACGAUUGCGUCUUUGUUUUACGGCACUCUUUUUUCUUUUGUCAUGGCGGGCACAAGCGAAACUUUCAAAAACCAAAGUGACAUAUCACCUUUUUCGUGGGCUGGGUUCCUCGAGGCUGUUGACUCUUCUCUUCUACUCUCUCUACCUCUCUCUCUCUCUCCUAUAGACCUGCGGUUGCUGGCAGUCGCCUUCAACUAGUCAUAGGCUACCUCCACAAAAAAACACAAAACCAUCCUUCUCACCUCUCAACAUAUCAUCACACCUCUACCCAUUCUUUUGUAUAAGCACCUUUAAUCUGCCAUACACCGAUUUGUUUCGACAGAAUUUUCUUACGAGGAUAUUACCGGCGCGACUUGAGAAAGAUCGAUACCAUUUUUCUGUUUUUGUUACUUCUCUUGCAAAAUGCCGCCUUGCUGAGUUUGAGGCUGCUGGGAACGCAUGGCGUUUUUGAUUUUUUUUUUUCUUCCUUGUAUCACGGCAAUUUCCUUGCAUUUCUCUAUAAUUGUGUUGCAUCGGUAACCGACAGUGGAGUUGUGGGAUUUAUUUUCUCAUUUUUAUAACGACUAUCCGGCGUCUCACCAUCUCUGGAAGUGCAUUGUCCUUCCUGCUUAAAAACACUAUAAAAUGCCUUCUGCCUUGCGGUUAUACGGGUUACGAAGUCAUCAAGACAACCAAAAAAAGAAAGAUAUAGAAGCGAGUAUCUUAUGAAAUUGUGUUGGAAGCGGCGCGGCUGUUCUUGUCUAGUCACAUACGGGAAAUACCUUGGGCUGGCGGGGUUCUUGGGAAGAUGAGCGGUUCUUGUUUGCGGCAUCACUAUACUGGAAACGGUUCUUUUUGCUUUUUUUUUUUACAACCUUUUAUUACUAUUACUGGGAAACAAUCGGGGAGUUGGUCUGAGUCGAUUUUCUUUGGGGGAGUUGAUUGCGGCGCCGCAGUGUGCAAAUCGAACCGGGGAAAGCGGCUUGUUCUUUUGUUAUUUUUGUCUCGUCUUUUUUUCGAAACUUGUUACAAUAUCUCCCCUUUGGGAGACACAGCGUGUGGAUCUGUCCUGUUUGGUUCUUCUUUUCGCUGCUCUGACGAACACGCGAGCCCCUUGUGUUACUGGAUAUUCCCUCUCUCCGUCUGAGAAAAAAAGACAACUGUUUGAUUAUUAUCUCGUGUGUUUUCUAUUUUUUGUUUCUAUUUUGCGAAGCAUAUUGGAGUGGGCUUUGGGAGGAAGGGAAAGCUACAUAUGAACAAUGAGAUCUGGUUUUGCGGGUCGGGUUUUUCAAAGGGAUUUUCUCGGGCUUUUCCAUUUAUAUUUGGAGUCGCCCCUUUUCGGUGUUGUUGCAAAUCUUCAUGGGAAUUUUUGGGGGUGUUGGAACAGCGGAUCGACGUUAUCCGGGGAAUUUUAUAUGGCGCAUGUGUGUGGUUUAGAUACCGCGGCUUGAAAGCCUACAGGACGAGAAUAUACGAAUGUUUAAACAAUUAUUUAUUG